AGUAGGAGAACAGGAGUGCAGACGUACAGAGGCGCCACCACCCCUCAUCCUCCUCGCGGCUCACAGAAACCUCAAAACCCAAACCAGGUCGGCCUCCACAGAAAGAAGAGAGGAGAGGAGGAGAGGAGAGGAGGAAAAAAAAACAUGCAGCUCUUCGUCUGCACCACCGCCUCCACCGCCCGCGCCACUGCGCCCUUGUCCUUCGCCCCCCUACGCCGCGGAGGGUCUGCCUCCUCCGUCGUCCUGCCCCGCCGCCGCCGCCUCCCAGCUCGAGGUUGGCGUUGCGCCAGUGCGGCCGUGCCUGACCCGGUGCCAUCCGAGGAGCCCGCUUCCGCCUCGUCCACCGUCGUCGUCACGGAUAAGCCCGAUUCGCCCGCCGACGAGAAGGGUGGAGACGUCAGCGCGGCGUCUAGUGGCUCCGUGGAGUCGGCUGUAGCGGCGCCGGUCUCUUCGGGGGCGUCCGAGGAGGACGGCGGCCUGGAUGACAUACUGAGCAAGUUGGACAUUGAAGUGACACCCGCAUUAAUCCUCACCGGAUCUGGUGCCUUCAUUGCUUUAUGGAUUCUUUCUUCCGUUGUUUCUGCAAUUGAUUCAGUUCCCCUGCUUCCGAAAUUACUGGAACUGGUAGGAGUUGGCUACUCAAUUUGGUUCACCACACGGUAUCUCCUUUUCAAGGAAAGCAGAGAUGAGCUGUUUGCAAAAUUCGAAGAUCUCAAACAGAGGAUUAUUUGAGUUACCGACGAAUGAUUUUUUGGCAUAUGUUUAGGCUUUACGGCCAGCUUAUUAUUAGGUUUUCUCCUUUUCUUUUCAAAUAUUAUUGAAAGGGUAAAAAAGGUCAUGUAUCUAAGUCACGGUAUGGUAUCAGACUUACUAGUGUGUUUGUGCAAGCCUCUCUGUUGUUUGAUCCGAUGUAUAUACUGUCGAGUAAAGCGUCAAAAAAAACUUGAAAUGCGAUGAGAAUGUUCUGACUCCA